GACACACUUGCUUCGCUCACACUUGUGAAGCAGCAGCUUCCUCGAUCUUCUCUUCCUCCCCUCCCCUUGUAUAUAUAAAAUCCCUCUCUUCUCGCCAAUUCUCUCCCACACUCCCAUCUUCAACUCUUAAUUCACCCCCUCCCUCCCCCCCUCUCUCUCUCUCUCUCUCUAGUGUUGAAUUUGGGUUCUGAUGGCCUUGGAAGCUCUCAACUCGCCGAGCACUCCUACGCCACCGUUUGAUCGUGAAAACGUGACUCUUAAUCUGGAGCCCUGGACGAAGGGGAAGCGAUCGAAACGACCGCGGAUGGAGAACGCGGCCACACCCAGCGAGGAAGAGUAUCUUGCUCUCUGCCUCAUCAUGCUCGCUCGCGGCGGCAGAAGCUCCUCUUCUUCCCAUCCAGAGCCGUCUUCGACAUCGUCGGAGUCGAAGCUCCUCUACAAGUGUAGCGUAUGUGACAAGGCCUUCGCCUCUUACCAGGCUCUAGGGGGCCACAAGGCCAGUCACAGGAAGCUCGCCAGCUCCGACGACCAGUCCACGACCACCGCCUCCACCGGCGCCAUCAUCGCAGUCACUGGUAGGACACACGAGUGCUCCAUCUGCCAUAGGUGCUUCCCCUCGGGACAGGCCUUGGGUGGACACAAGCGCCGCCACUACGAAGGCGGAGUCGGCGGGGCAAGCGGCGGCGCCACCUCGUCCGAAGGUGCAGGAUCCACCAACAGCCACCGGAACUUUGACUUGAACCUGCCUGCCUUGCCUGCCUUGGGUGAAUUUAGCAUUGAAGACGAGGUCGAGUCUCCUCAUCCGGCGAAGAAGCAUCGCCACCAUCUGUUGCCGACGAAAGCCUAAAAACCUCUCUGAAGAGUGAAGAUCAAUAGAUCAAGAAUCGAAAUUAGGGUUGCAAUCCUACCAAGUUUUGGGAAUUAGCUUUACAUCUAGUGGCUUUGCUCUCUCUGUCUCUGUCUCUCUCUCUGGUUUUUCUUUUUUCUUUUUUUCUUAAUGUUCUUCGACGAGGGAGAACCAAUUUUUUGGGUACAUAAUAUCUGAAUUGCCUCAGUACUCCAUUUUCGUCUUCUUGAUAAUGAAGAAUUAAUUCCAUUUGUUA